CUUUCUAGAAUUCAGCAAUGGAGCUACUAUUUCCACCUUCAAAACUAACACCUCAUUUCAGAAGCAGCACUUCAACAACGAGAUUCUUGCCUCCGUCACUGUACUUACCUUCGUCUUCUUCUUCUUCUGCCUCGUCUCUACGCCGGCGCUCCGUUUCUUCGCCGUCGGCAAUCAGGAGGAUUCGCUGCGAGUUCGACGCUAAAAUCAACGGCGCUCUGCCCGGCGAGUUCGACCCCCGUUUUCUCGACCGCCAAAAGGCACUGGAAGCAGCAAUGAAUGAUAUUAAUAACUCAUUUGGAAAAGGAAGUGUCACCAGAUUAGGCAGCGCUGGUGGAGCUUUGGUUGAAACCUUUCCCAGUGGCUGCUUGACAUUAGACCUUGCCUUGGGUGGUGGCCUUCCAAGAGGAAGAAUUGUGGAGAUUUACGGACCAGAAAGUAGUGGAAAGACCACUCUAGCACUCCAUGCGAUUGCAGAAGUGCAGAAGCUAGGGGGAAAUGCUAUGCUUGUUGAUGCAGAGCAUGCUUUUGACCCAGCAUAUUCAAAAGCAUUGGGAGUUGAUGUAGAAAAUUUGAUUGUUUGUCAACCUGAUCACGGGGAAAUGGCACUUGAGAUUGCUGAUCGUAUGUGCAGAUCCGGUGCCAUAGAUCUUAUUUGUGUUGAUUCUGUUUCAGCUCUCACUCCUCGAGCAGAGAUUGAAGGUGAGAUUGGCAUGCAGCAGAUGGGAUUGCAAGCACGUCUUAUGAGCCAAGCUUUGCGUAAAAUGUCAGGAAACGCUUCUAAAGCUUGCUGUACUCUUAUAUUCUUGAACCAAAUAAGAUAUAAGAUUGGUGUAUAUUAUGGGAAUCCAGAAGUGACAAGUGGAGGAAUUGCAUUAAAGUUCUUUGCCUCAGUUCGUCUUGAAAUACGUUCUACAGGGAAGAUAAAAUCCGUGAAAGGAGAUGAAGAGAUUGGACUUCGGGUUCGCGUGAGAAUACAAAAGAGUAAGGUUUCGAGGCCAUACAAGCAGGCUGAAUUCGAAAUUAUUUUUGGAGAGGGAGUAAGUAAACUGGGUUGUGUAUUGGAUUGUGCUGAAAUUAUGGAUGUUAUAGCAAAGAAGGGCUCCUGGUAUAGCUAUGGGGACCACAGGCUAGGACAAGGGAGGGACAGAUCAUUGCAGUACUUGAGAGAGAACCCUCUUCUUCUUGACGAAAUAGAAAAGAUAGUACGGUCCAAACUGGCGGAAGGAACCGGACAAACAGGUUUUCUUCAACCAAGGAGCUUAUCGUUACCCCAAGAGGACGAAGAUGUUUAUGAAGAGAGUCAAUGAGAAUUAACAUAUCAUUGUCAGUAUUCUCCACGUUGGAUAAAGGUGCUAGGCCAGGGACAUUGAUUAAAACUGGAAGCAGAAACAGUGCAACAACGGUUUUGCUCAAAUUUACAUCGACGAAGUUUCGAAAAGUUGUGAUCAGUGUCUUCCAUUCUUUUUUGCUGAGAUCAUUAGCUUCCAUUAGUUUGGGGCGAUAGAAAGUGACAUUGGUGCUGAUGGAAAUAUAAAAAACUGACAUUCAGUAUUGACUGUAACUGUAAGCAAUUUAUUUAUAUUCAAUGGAAAAAGUGGGAUAAGGGGUUUGGGGGUUUGUGAGCUGUGUUCUGGGGAAGUUAUUAUCUAUCGUUGGCCUCUAUAGUAGAAUCAGUCGGGAGCCUGAGAGGCAGAGG